GCGACAAUAUUUUUGCUUCUCUUGCAAUUGUCGUUCAGCCGCACCAAUUUCAACGCCUCAACCUUUGCCGAGCUGUGCGAACUGUGUGAUAUGAGCGACUCGAUGAGCAGACCUCAAGUGGGCUUCACCGGAGCCAAGUCACAUCCUCUCUAUCAAGAGAUUGGGCAUGUGUGCGAGCGUUACCGCCGGCAAGCAGCUGCGUUUUUCCAAGCCUACGCCGAUCUCAAGUACGCAGCUGAGUGGGCGGAGCUUGAGCCUGUCGAGUUGCCAGAGGAUGCAUCAGCAACCCCAAAUAAUGGAUCUGAGGGACACACUGAAGCCGCACCAUGUCGACAUUCUCGCUGGGCCCUGAUUCGUGGGAAGCGAAGGGGAAAAAAUGUGGCCGAAUAUGUCGUCCCUUGCAGUCUUGCGGACACGUUGAACGUAGAGAGCUUCACGCAAAUUUUUCAAGUGGUAUACUAUCAAUUAGCUAAAGGGCUCGUCAAGCCGAUCAACUGAGAUCGUUCCAGUACGAUACAGCUCGCCUCAAGUGCAAGAAAAUACUUCCUCCAUAAAGCGGCAAUCCCCGCUUCAUCAGAGGCCCUUAAUCCGCCGAUUAGCGCCACCGCCGUGUUCAUCUGCGCGUGAUCUCUCUCCUCACAUGUGAUCAACGUUCGCAAUCGCAGGAAUGAGGCUCACCUCGCUGAACAAAUAGCCGCCCUAAUGUUCCCUGACCUAGCUUACGCCUUCGACGCUCAAGCCGGAGUGCAGCUGCUGGUCUGGCAGCACAAGUUGUUCGCUGCGACGUCUCAUAUCAGACC